UAUAAACAAAAUGAAUCUUGUGUGUGUGUGUGUGUGUGUGUGUGUGUGUGUGUGUGUGUGUGUGUCUGCAGCAAACAGAACCGUCUGAAGGAUCCAGAGCUUAGUGAUAAAAAUGGCCAGUACCUCAUGGGCCAAGGUGUGAAGGUGUACAUCGACCCGUUCACCUACGAGGACCCGAACGAGGCUGUGAGAGAGUUCGCUAAAGAGAUCGACGUCUCCUGCGUGAAGAUCGAGGAGGUGAUCGGAGCAGGUGCGUGUCCUGGAGACGGUGAGUUUGGUGAGGUGUGUCGAGGCCGUCUCCGUGUUCCCGGUAAAAAGGAGAACUACGUGGCUAUUAAGACUCUGAAGGGCGGCUACACGGAUAAACAGAGGCGGGACUUCCUGUCCGAGGCGUCAAUCAUGGGCCAGUUCCACCAUCCCAACAUCAUCCACCUGGAGGGCAUCAUCACUGCCAGCUGCCCCGUCAUGAUCAUCACCGAGUUCAUGGAGAACGGAGCGCUCGACUCCUUCCUCAGGCUGAACGAUGGUCAGUUCACGCCGAUCCAGUUAGUGGGAAUGCUGCGUGGAAUAGCGAGCGGGAUGAAGUAUCUUUCGGAGAUGAGCUACGUGCAUCGGGAUCUGGCGGCUCGGAACAUUCUGGUCAACAGCAACCUGGUGUGUAAAGUGUCCGAUUUCGGGCUGAGCCGGUUCCUGCAGGAGAACUCCUCCGACCCCACGUACACCAGCUCUCUGGGCGGUAAGAUCCCGAUUCGCUGGACGGCUCCGGAGGCCAUCGCGUUCCGCAAAUUCACCUCCGCCUCCGACGUGUGGAGCUACGGCAUCGUCAUGUGGGAGGUGAUGUCGUUUGGAGAGAGACCGUACUGGGAUAUGAGCAACCAGGACGUUAUCAACGCGAUAGAGCAGGACUAUCGCUUGCCGCCACCCCCUGAAUGCCCCUCCCACCUCCACCAGCUGAUGCUGGACUGCUGGCAGAAAGAGCGAACGGCUCGGCCCAGGUUCGCCAACAUCGUCUCCGCCCUCGACAAGCUGAUCCGAAACCCCGCCUCCCUCAAAAUCACCGCCCAUGAUGGAGCAGGUCCGUCUCACCCUCUCCUGGACCAGCGUUCCGCUCUCUCCUCCUGCAGCUCGGUGACCGAUUGGCUCAGAGCCAUAAAGAUGGAGCGCUAUGAGGAGAGUUUCAUACAGGCGGGAUACACAUCCAUCCAGCUACUGACUCACAUCAACGCCGAGGAUCUGUUGCGGUUGGGCGUGACUCUCGCCGGCCAUCAGAAGAAAAUCCUCUCCAGCAUUCAAGCUCUUCGAAUCCAGAACAAGAGUCCCAAUAACAUCCUCUACUGACUCACACGGACACCUGCAACACACUCUCUCACACACACACACUCACACUCGCACACACUCACACAUAGACUCGGCUCUUCCUGGGACGUGGACCAAUCAGGACUUUGUUUGGCGUCCGAUCAGGAGCUGUAAUCUGGAUGUCAGAAAACGGCUUCCAAGAGACGUUAAAGGUUUAAAAGACGCUCCGAGGGUUGCGCGUUUCAGAAUCGCCGCGGCAACAGCGCGGCGUUUUAACGGAGAACGUCACGAAGGAUGGGAGGAGAAAGAAGAAGUGGCGUGUGUUUGGCGUGAGAAGGGCGAGCGGAGGAAUUCCACGCCGCGUCACGUUUUCAGAGUAUUUUUCUAACGGAGUGCGCGGGUGUGUGUGCGUGUGUGUGUAUGUGUGUGUGUGCUCGAUGUGUGCGUGCGCACGUUAUCAGUGAGAGACUUGACGUGGAUUAAACGAGGAGGAACAGUGAGAGCCGUGUUUACGCCGUACUGGGACAGCGCCGGUUCUCCACGGAGGGGCCUCUGAUCUCCAUUCUCUCUUUACACACGUGACACUCGGGGGGGAUUUGAUUUUUUUUCAGUAUCGCACGUCACGUCACAUCACACCGUCUCCUAGACGUCUGAUUCUGAUUUAUUAUUAACACCGGACAUAUAAUCUACUCAGACUGUAAUCUGUUUACAUGUUUUCACACGCAUCCUGUUUGGAUUACUUCCUUUCUGUGAUCAGAUUAUUAAUCCAGAUUAGACGUGUGCGGCGGCCUCUCUCUCACACACACACACACACACACACACACACAGAGAGAGAGCUUGAAUGUAUUAAUCAGUCGUCUCAUUUCUCUCUGUGUAGCCCCGCCUCCAAAUGAUCACAUGACCGCGCAGUGCUUCUCGAGGGUUGUGAUGAUGAUGAUUUUAUUUUUAUUUUUCGAUUUUGUUACUGUUUUUUAUUUGUUAUAUUUAGGGGUCCAAGCACCGAAGUCAACUCCGACCCAGACGUGUUCCAUCAGGUGGAAAAUUCCAGAAGAGAAAGACUCUGUGGCUCCAAAAACAAAGAAAAGAAAAAAAAGAUGAUUAGAAGAAUCUUAAUAACGUGUUUAGUAAAUAAGUCCAGGCCGAGGGUCCGGGUCCGAGUCGGAGGAGUCCGAGUCCGGGUCCGAGUCCGGGUCCGCUGUGAUAACGACAGCGAUGCGUGUUCUACGCCAGAAUGGGAAUCAGGCUUGUGUGCGUCAUUUCUUUCUGGUUGAGUUUUUUAUCCUGUACGGAGGUGUGUAAAUGUUUGGACCGCGAUACAAGCGCUCGUUCAUCGCAGUACUUGAGCGUUAGUUAAUGUUUUAAAUGCAGCAGGUGAACUCCCAAUGCGUUAAUAAAUAAAUCAAUACACUUCAGCAGAUCCACUUUCUGUUAGCGUUCAUCACGGCUCGAGUACUCGACCUAGUCACAAAACGUUUUCAAAUCAAUACCGCACUCCGCCGUGCUUACCGGAGGAGCCAAAAACCCCGGUAUUUAAAUGAGGGUUCAUUUAUUCGGCCCGAGGGCGUGGAGCAGUUCAUAACGUCGCAUUCGUACACACAUCCGGAUCAAACAUUAUAUACUCGCCGUUUCCGUAGGGUUUCAGGGUGUGUGUGUGUGUGUGUGUGUGUGUGUGUGUGUGUGAGAGAGAGAUGAGCGAGGUGCUAUCACACACACACACACACACUUUUCUUCUUUUCUCGAUUUAAAACUGUUCCACUGCAGUGACCUUUGACCCCAGGUGUGGGUUUAUGGGUAGGAGGAAGGAAGAGUCGGAUCUUCACAUUGGAGUUCUGUAAUAAACAAACGCAGGGAGACGAUUAUUUUUAUUAUAAUAAUUAUAUUGUUGUCGUUGUUGUUGUUAUUAUUAUUAUUAUGCCUUUGUUUUCUUUUGAUGUAUAGGAAUAUACAUUUUUAUGUAAAUGAGUUUUAAUUCCUCCUUCAGUGUAACCUGUGUUUCUGUUCCAACAAUAAACCAUUUAGACACACACA